CUUAUUUUCUCACUAUUGUUAUGGAUCCCCACCAAACCAAACUCCCCCCAAGUUAGUCUUCCAAUCCAACUUCCCUUCCCUGCCCUGCCUACCUAACGCCUCCUCCAUCCCCAUUUCCGGUAGGUAGCUGCAUCAGAGCUUAAAUUGAAAGAACAUAAAGAAAGAAAGAGGGAUUACUUCUCAUCCUUGUCCCCUCUAUUCUGCGGCAAAAAGAGAAAUGGCUCAAGCAAUCCAAGCUCCUCAAUUCACUACACCUAAAGUCUCGAAACUCCAAAACCAGUAUUCUUCACCACAUUCUUUAAUACUUGGGUCAAGAAUUGCGAAAAGUUCACCAAAAUAUUCACGGGUUUUGAGUAGAGAUUCGAUGUUGACUAGAGGUAGGUCUCCUUUGAAGGUUUUUGUUUCAGUGGCCGCGGCUGAGAAGCCGUCUACUGUGCCGGAGAUUGUGCUUCAGCCUAUUAAAGAGAUAUCUGGCACCGUCAAGCUGCCUGGCUCAAAAUCCCUCUCCAAUCGCAUUCUUCUCCUUGCUGCCCUGGCUGAGCCACAGUUGCGGUCGGUGUUGCGGCUCGAAACGUUCCACAUCGAUCUCGGCAUAUCGAUCACCGUCUCGGGAAGAACUGUUGUUGAUAACUUGUUGGACAGUGAUGAUAUCCAUUACAUGCUCGGUGCUUUAAAGACACUGGGUCUGCAUGUGGAAGAUAAUCGCGCUGUACAGCAAGCAAUUGUAGAAGGUUGUGGUGGUCUAUUUCCUGUUGGUAAAGAAUCUAAAGGUGAAAUUCAACUAUUCCUGGGAAAUGCUGGAACAGCUAUGCGCCCAUUGACUGCUGCAGUUGCUGCUGCUGGUGGGAAUUCAAGCUAUGUACUUGAUGGAGUUCCUAGAAUGAGGGAGAGGCCAAUUGGUGAUCUGGUCUCUGGUCUUAAGCAGCUUGGUUCUGAUGUUGAUUGUUUUCUUGGUACAAAUUGCCCCCCAGUUCGUGUAGUGGGAAAGGGAGGCCUUCCUGGGGGAAAGGUGAAGCUCUCUGGAUCUAUCAGUAGUCAAUACCUAACUGCUUUACUCAUGGCAGCUCCACUGGCUCUAGGAGAUGUUGAGAUUGAAAUUAUUGAUAAACUCAUUUCUGUUCCUUAUGUUGAAAUGACUUUGAAACUGAUGGAACGGUUUGGGGUCACUGUAGAGCAUAGUGGUAGUUGGGACAGAUUCCUGGUUCAUGGGGGUCAGAAAUACAAGUCUCCUGGAAAAGCUUAUGUUGAAGGUGAUGCCUCAAGUGCCAGUUACUUCUUAGCUGGUGCAGCUGUUACUGGUGGUACCAUUACCGUCGAAGGUUGUGGGACUGGCAGUUUACAGGGUGACGUGAAAUUUGCUGAGGUUCUUGAGCAAAUGGGUGCUGAAGUCACCUGGACAGAAAACAGUGUUAUUGUUAAAGGACCGCGGAGGGAUUCUUCCAGAGGAAAACACCUUCGUGCCAUUGAUAUCAACAUGAACAAAAUGCCAGAUGUUGCCAUGACUCUUGCUGUAGUUGCACUUUUCGCGGAUGGUUCCACUGCAAUAAGAGAUGUGGCUAGCUGGAGAGUGAAGGAAACUGAGCGGAUGAUUGCUAUAUGCACAGAGCUUAGAAAGUUAGGGGCUACAGUUGAAGAAGGGCCAGAUUACUGCAUAAUCACUCCACCAGAGAAGUUAAAUGUUACAUCAAUUGAUACUUAUGAUGAUCACAGAAUGGCUAUGGCUUUUUCUCUUGCGGCAUGUGCAGAUGUUCCUGUAACCAUCAAGGAUCCUGGCUGCACACGCAAAACCUUCCCUGAUUACUUUGAUGUCCUUGAAAAGUUCUCAAAGCACUGAAUAAACUUUUUGAAACGAUAUGUAGCAUCACAUAAAGAAUGUGAACAAUUUUAGAGGGCUGCUACAAGAAUGGAGUUUCCAGUCUCUUUGUGCAGGAGAUGUUGGAUGCUUGCUGCCCCUUAUCUUAGUGAGAGUGUUCAACAUGGGUCAGGAAGUCAAGUUGUUUUGCUGAAGCCAUGGAUAGAUUAAAAUCUGUGUACUGGUUUAACUCAAAUUCUUGGUAAACGCGUGUGUAUCUCUAGCAACUUAUUACAUGGAAAGAUCCCUUUUUGUUGGCUCUGCAUUUGAAUGAAAGUCAUUAAAAUUGAUAGUUUCA